GCAGCAUUCAGUCAGGUACAAGAAAUCCAGGCGCGACCGCGACGAUGCCGGGGCCAUGGUGCGGAUCGAAGGGGCCAAGCGUACACCACCCGAGGCAGCACAUGCCAUGCUCCGAGUAUGCCAUGGUGGUAGCCAGUCGCUUGUAUUUCUCAGCGUUCUACCGAACGGUCUACUUGAUCAUGAUUGCAUCGAGCGUGGCGUGUGUGGCAUGGACCGUGGCCAACCACUGGCGCACGCCGACGUCCGACGUGUUCAUCUCGUUAGAGAUUCUUCUGUGCUGCAUGCUCGUGGUUGAAGUCGUCAUCCGAAUGCUUGCGCUAAAGCGCAAAUUCUGGACACGAUGGACCAAUCUAUUCGACGUGACUGCCACGGUGCUUAGCAUUGUGUCGAUCGCGUUGUAUUUCCAGCAGCAAGGAGUCGUCGAAGAGCUCGAAGAAAUCGCAGCAGACUUUAUGAUGAUGUUGCGCAACGCGAACCAGUACAUGCGCCUCGCUGUGUUCCUAAAGAACCGCAAGAUGCUGACAUCUCAAAAGUCGGCAGACUCGAAUGGCAUCGACUUUGACGACCUUGAUGAAGAAGAGCAAGCGACCAUGCUCAUGCAACCAGCCCAGGAUGACGACGAAUGCCACGACGAGGUAGUCGUUGACGUCGGAGCGCCUUCAUCGGUCGUGGAGCCCAUGGACGCGACUGGAUCAUACGACGAAGUUAAGCUAACGGCGUAGAGGGCUCAAUCAGCUAUCAUAAAGCCCACACCAAAAUAUUUACAACAUGUCCAACUCAGUUGUGUGUGGUCGAUGCAUGGUGAACUCUUGCACUUCUUGGCCAUUUGCGAAUCGUGCGUAGGAGGUUGUCAUGUCGAGUAUCGCGCAAUCGUCGCGGCAGUCCCACGGCUCCAACAGACGUAUCGGAGAAUUAAUCG